AUGGCAUCUUCAUCGCAUUUGGCUUUUCAAGUGAAGUGUUGUAUACAGAGGCCUUCUGUUUCAGACAAUUUUCAUAAUUUGAAAACUUCACUCUCUUCUUUUAGCAAGCCAUUCUUCGUAGGGUUGGAACAACUUUCUAUGCAAAUUGAUGUUUCGAAAACCGUCAAGGACACUUGUUUGAGAUUACUGGAUGUUUUUGUUGAUUCCAUGUUCGAGUUUGUUGACCAGCCAUUGCUCCCCUCUCAGAGAAACUUUGCUCCAGUUGAUGAACUACAGGAAGCUGUUGUUGUCACCAGCAUCGAAGGAAAAGUUCCAAGUGAUUUCCCAGAGGGACCAAAUCCUCUUUUUGGAGGACUAAAAUCAACUGUAUCAAUGUUUGGACGGUCAAGUCACAUUUGGGUCGAAGGAGAAGGGAUGCUUCAUGCUUUGUAUUUCGAUAAAGCUAGUGAUGGAAGCUGGACAGUCACCUACAACAACAAAUAUGUCGAAACCGAAACAUUCAAGUUAGAAAAACAAAGUAACAAGCCAUCUUUUCUUCCUGCAAUAGAAGGCACUUCCCCAGCAAUAUUAUCAGCUUACUUGCUAAAUUUGGUGGGGAAGUACUACUCAGUUGCUGAAAAUCACGUGCCUCAAGAAAUUGACAUCUUCACACUUGACACUUCAGGAAAUUGGGAUGUCAAUGGAGCUUGGAAUCGGCCUUUUACCAGCCAUCCCAAGAGAGCCCCAGAAACAGGGGAGCUGGUUAUAAUGGGGGUGGAUGCAAGAAAACCUUUCGUGGAACUAGGAAUAGUCUCAGCUGAUGGAAAGAGAUUAGUUCAUAAAGUUGAUCUCAAAUUCAAUAGGUGCUCCCUUUCUCAUGACAUAGGAGUUACACAGAGGUACAAUGUGAUCAUGGAUUUUCCACUCACUAUAGACCUACACAGACUCCUUAAAGGCGGCCCGUUAAUAAAAUUUAACCAGUCAGAAUAUGCAAGAAUUGGAAUCAUGCCUCGCUAUGGCGAUGCAGAAUCAAUCAAGUGGUUUCAUGUGGCAUCCAAUUGCACAUUUCACCUUCUUAAUUGUUUUGAGGAUGGUGAUCAGAUUGUUAUAAGGGCAUGUAGGGCUCUUGAUUCAAUCAUACCAGGACCUGAUAUGGGUGUGAAUAAAUUUGAGUGGUUUUCAAGUAGGCUUAAGUAUGUAGAAUCAGUUGACGAGUAUACUAAUUCAGAGGAAGGAUCGCUUUUUACUCGUUGCUACGAGUGGAGAUUAAAUAUGGAAACUGAAGAUGUUAAGGAAAGAUACCUGACAGGAACUGAAUUCUCUAUGGAUUUUCCAAUGAUCAAUGGAGAUUUUACUGGAGUUAAAAAUAAAUAUGGCUAUGCCCAAGUUAUUGAUUCCAGUGCUAGCUCUGAAUCAGGUAUGGCUAAAUAUGGAAGUCUAGCAAAACUAUACUUUGAAGAGCCAGAAACUGAUAAAACCAAUUCGAAAGAGGACCAAUCUGAAGAGCUGAUAAAGGUGGAAUACCAUAAAUUUGAGCAUAAUACUUUCUGCACUGGAGCUGCCUUUGUUCCUAAACUAGGAAGUCAAGAAGAAGAUAAUGGUUGGAUCAUCACUUUUGUCCACAAUGAAGAUACAAAAAUGUCUAAAGCUUAUAUAAUUGACACAAAAAAGUUCACCAGUGAGCCACUUGCCAAAAUAGCAUUGCCUUGCAGAGUCCCAUAUGGAUUUCAUGGAGCUUUCAUGAUGCAAAGAGUUCUCCAUAGCCAUGCUAGCUCCAUGGGUACGAGGAAGCUUGAUCAAUCAAAAGCAUGA